CGCGGCAGCCAUUCAGAGAGGGUACUGUUCCUCCGAGCGACGGAGUCACAAAACAACCGAGUCCCGCACUGCACGGAUCUUUAUAAUCACUAUGGAUCUCCACCGGAUCAGUUUGUUGAACCAAAUGGAUUACAACCGGGAGUCUAAAGAGGGGAAGGGGGACCCGUCGUCGACCGACGAGCGGCUCGACAGCGGCGUGAAUUCCAUGGAGGAGAAGGAUUUCCAGGCGGUGGCGGAGGAGAUCCAGCGGCUCCAGCUGGAAUCCGAACACCAACAGCGGGCUCCCGCUGCACACGAAGAACCGCUGCACGACUGGCAAACACAGAUCACAGAAGAUGGAGACACGCUGCUCCACAUGGCCAUCAUCCACGAGGCCAAAGACUACAUCAGAAGAAUGAUCGACCUGUCGAAAAACACACAGUUCCUCAACAUACAGAACGACCUGAGACAGACUCCUCUCCACUUAGCAGUUAUAACAAACCAGCCGGAUGUGUGUCACAGCUUACUGGUGUCUGGCUGUGACCCCACGCUGGUGGACAACAGCGGAGACACGCCUCUUCACAUCGCCUGUCGCCACGGUAACCUGUACUGCUUCAGUGUCAUCACGCAAAACUGCCAAAUGGAACAUCUACACACAGCGAUGGCUGCCUUCAAUUAUAAUGGUCAGAACUGUCUUCAUCUGGCUUCAUUUCAUGGUUUCCUCUCACUGGUGGAGAACAUGGUGGAUCUUGGCGCGGACAUUGAUGCAAAAGAGCAGCACAACGGUCGCGGUGCGCUACAUCUGGCUGUGGACCAACGGAAUCUCUCUCUGGUCAAACUCCUGCUGAAAAAAGGCGCAAACCCCAACCUCCUGACCUUUGGAGGCCACACCCCCUUCUACCUCACCACGGGUUUAGAAGACUGCGACAUCAGGAAAGAACUGUACUCGGUGACCCAUCCAGACCUAAGGGAGCUUACUGACAGCGAAUCGGACCUCAGUGAGGAAGAGGAGGACGACGAGUCGGACAUGGCCUUUUAUAAUGACAUUCAGUGGAAUGGACAUUAGAAGGAAAUGAUAACGUGGAGGUUACAGAGGCAACAAGCUCCGAUGACUGUGGCAAAGUUUGGCACAUGGAUGAAUUCUGCAAUGCCAUGUUGUGAGAAUGACCGUGGGGGUGAUGCGGCUUGAGUGUUCCUGAAACGGGCCGAGCAGGCAGCUCAAAAACAAACGAGACUGGCGACUGCAGGGGAGUAAAGGACACAUUAUAAUAAGAUUUCUGUUUCAAAGGACCACUUUUAUUCUGUGGACACCGAAAGUCGUCAUCAGAAAGAGGAACGGGGAAAAACCAUCCACCCAGAAGGAUGUACCUGCAACAGCUCUGUAUGAUACUGUAAAUGCUGUGUAUACAAAGAUGUAUUUUUUAAUGGAAGCUGUGACUGUGUACAGUUUAGCAGGAUGUAUAUGUCAGACAGCAAACAGUUUCCAGCACACUCCAGUUAAAUUAAAACACUCAUAUUUAACUGUUAAA